CUCGGUGCUGGUCACGAUAACAGCGCUACAAGGGAACGCCAGGAUGAUCGUCACCUCCACCAUCGCCGCCGCGGGGAUGCUCCGCGCCCUGCGAUGGCCCAACGCCACGGUGCCUGUGGAGGUGUCAGAAGGAGUCCUCAACUCUUCCCAUGUGCAUGACAUACACGCUGCCAUGCAUUACCUCAACAGCCUCACGUGCCUCAAGUUCGUCAACGCGACGCAGCAGCAAUACCGGGUAGUAGUGGAGUCGUCGACAGGUUGCGGCAGCCUCGUCGGGCAUGUGGGUGUGGGAGAGUAUCAGAAGUUACUCCUGGGCGCUUCAUGUUUCUUACAGAAGGGCAUCGUGUUGCACGAACUGUUGCACGUAGCUGGUCUCUUCCAUGAACAUACGCGCCCAGACCGAGAUCAAUACGUGCGAGUGGUCUGGACCAACAUCCGUAAGGACAAGCACAAGAACUUCGUUGUGCCGUCGUGGAUGAGGAAGAGCCCUGAUCUGGUAAACCUUGGGCUCCCAUAUGACUUUGGUAGCUUGCUUCACUACGGUCUCAAAGUGUUUACAAUAGAUCAGGAACGGCCUAGCAUGGUGCUACGGCGACCUCACGAGUACACGGGGCUCGUGGGCCAGAGGGAUGCACCUUCAAGGGCUGACGUGGCCCGCGUCAACCGCCUUUACGAGUGUUGGAACCAUUAUCUGGGUGAUGAUCUGCCGGGGGCCAAGGCCUACCUCGUCUGGCAGGCUGCAACACUCACCCAUGAGCUUUCUCACUUCCACACCUCGGACAUAGAAAUCUGAGGAGCCAGCCAGGAAGUUUUGUAUUAUAUUUUUGUAGUGCAAUGCGGUGC